AUGGACAACGUUGAAGAAGAAGAAGAAGAAGAAGGAGUGCAUCAUCCCGCGGUGAGAGAACUGUUCGAGAGCCGGUCAGAAAUGCACACCGCAUUGAGCGAGUGGCAUGAGCCGGGCGCGGAUAUCUGGCAGCCGCUGUGGAACUGGGCGUUCAUGAACGACAUCUUUCGAUGCUGGCAACGGGAUGACAACAGGUGGAUGCAGCGCUGUGUUGGUAGACCAGGGUCAGGCAAGAGGGAAGCCGUCGCCACCGUCUUUGCGCGGACGGACGUGGCCUCGGGCGGUACCGCCUUUGUGGGAGACGUCCUGACGAUCAUAUUCCGCCAGCUGUGCGUCAACCACACACAGGUCGACGAGGACGAAGCGUAUGUCGCAAAGUAUCGACUUUACCUCGACGCUAGGGAGCACGGCUAUCGCGACAUCUUCCGGAUUAAGCUUAUGCAAGAGGCGCUGCACAGCCUGCACUCGCAACUUGGCGUGCUCGACCGCGCGUUCCUCAUCGUCAACGACUUUGACAGGUGCAGACCUGCCGUCGACCUGUUCCUCGAGAACGAGCAGUCCUCUUGGCGAGCGAAUUGA